AGUCAGGCCUGAAACAUUUCAGGGUAAGACUUUUAGUUCUUCGCUGGUGACUCGGAUGAAUGGGUGAGGUGAGUCGCCCCUGGGCUGGUUUCACCCUACCAACGCUGUAACUGUGUUAUUGGACUGAGCAAGGAGAGAGAGAUGGCGUGGAGCGCUGCGUGGUCCGCGGGAGCGCCGACGAUCGACCUCCGGGUGCUGCGAGCGCGGGGGCCUCUCGCCGCUGCCCUCUGCUGCGCCUCCGUAGCCGCCUCCCGCCUCUGGUCCUCUACCCCCUUCAGGCCCAUCUUCGCCUCCAUCUCCGCCUCCGCCUCCCCCACCGCCGUUAAAAAGGAGGCUGUUCAGACAGAAAAGGCACCGGCAGCAUUGGGGCCAUAUUCUCAAGCUAUCAAAGUCAACAACCUUGUUUUUGUUUCUGGUGUUCUCGGUCUUGUUCCUGAGACAGGAAAAUUUGUCUCCAACAACAUUGAGGAGCAAACAGAGCAGGUUCUAAAGAACAUGGGAGAGAUAUUAAAAGCAAGUGGUGCAACCUAUGCUUCUGUUGUUAAGACAACAAUCAUGUUGGCAGACCUACAGGAUUUCAAAAAAGUAAAUGAGAUAUAUGCAAAAUAUUUCCCAUCUCCUGCACCUGCACGCUCCACUUACCAAGUAGCAGCGUUACCUAUGAAUGCUAGGAUUGAGAUCGAGUGCAUUGCUACCCUCUAGUGCUGCUAGAAUCAUACCUCGUACGUCAAAACUCUAAUAUGACCAUGAAUGUUGGUCGAUAUUUCUGAAUACUUUGAUGCUACUUAUAAGAAAGGUGUACGGUCAACUUUUCUUGGAUGAAGUCAAACUUUUACUUUUGAGACAGACAACAAAUAUAAUUCAAUUUCUCAUGCACCUUUCUUUUUUGGCUGUUACAUGUUAAGCUGGUGUAUCUCCUAAGAAGCAUAGGAUGUGUGUAAAAAUGAUAAUUUGGUUGGUUGAAGGAGACUGGAUGUUUUGUUUCCUCA